AUGAUGAGACAAGGCGCCGGCAGAAUAGCGCUUAGACGCGGCGUUUCCGCCAUGCGCUCCUCCAAAAAUACUUCGGCGGGUGUCCUACGGCUUUAUAGCGCCAGCGCUACCUCUGAGUCCGUUAAGGAUCAAGCCAGGCCGCGGCCAGCUCCCAGCUUCGACAUGGAACCAGUGAAGAACGCAGACAACGCCAAGUUGCGUUCCAGAAACCCGAAAUUGGCGGAAGAACAACCCGCCAUGGACGAUUCUUUCAUCGGACUCAGUGGUGGCCAAAUUUUCCAUGAAAUGAUGCGCAGACACAAUGUUGAUACCGUGUUUGGAUACCCUGGUGGUGCCAUCCUGACGGUGUACGACGCUAUCUACAACAGUGAAUACUUCAAAUUCGUGCUUCCUAGGCAUGAGCAAGGUGCUGGCCACAUGGCGGAAGGUUAUGCUCGAGCUAGCGGAAGACCGGGUGUUGUUCUCGUGACUUCAGGUCCCGGAGCCACCAACGUUGUCACCCCAAUGGCGGACGCGUUGGCAGAUGGUGUGCCCAUGGUGGUUUUCACAGGGCAAGUGGCCACCUCUUCCAUCGGUACCGAUGCCUUUCAGGAGGCUGAUGUGAUUGGUAUUUCCAGGUCCUGCACCAAAUGGAAUGUGAUGGUAAAAACCGUCGAGGAACUCCCUCGUCGCAUCAAUGAGGCUUUUGAAAUUGCCACCAGUGGUCGGCCGGGCCCUGUUCUUGUUGAUCUUCCCAAGGACAUCACCGCUGCAGUUUUGAAGACCCCAAUCCCGGUAAAUACUACUUUGCCAUCAAAUGCCCUGGCGCAACUAACCAAAAAUGCUGCCCACGAAUUCACAACGGCCAAUAUCCAACGGGUUGCCGAUUUGAUAAAUAUGGCCAAAAAACCCGUGCUAUAUGUCGGUGGUGGUAUUUUGGGAUCUGAAGAAGGUCCCAAGCUGCUACGUGAGCUCAGUGAGCGUGCUCAAAUUCCCGUCACCACCACCCUUCAGGGCUUAGGUGCUUUUGACCAAACAGAUUCCAAAUCGUUGGACAUGCUGGGCAUGCAUGGUUCUGCUUUUGCCAAUUUGACAAUCCAAAAUGCUGAUUUGAUCGUUGCUCUGGGAGCCCGUUUUGAUGAUCGUGUUACCGGAAACGUUGCCAAAUUCGCCCCUGAGGCUCGUCAAGCCGCUUUGGAAAACAGAGGUGGUAUAGUGCACUUUGAGAUCUCCGCUAAAAACAUCAAUAAAGUUGUGGAGGCUCAAGUCGCUGUCGAAGGCGAUGUGACUGAUAACUUGCAAAAGCUGCUGCCUUUAAUCGACACCGUCGAGUCUCGCGAGAGCUGGUUCGAAAAGAUUGAUGCUUGGAAGAGAGAUUACCCAUACGAUUAUCAAAGAGAAACAACUGGCUCUAAGAUCAAGCCCCAGACCGUGAUUGCUCGACUAUCGGACAUCUCCCACGCUACGGGAAGAGAUGUCAUCGUCACUACUGGUGUUGGCCAACAUCAAAUGUGGGCCGCCCAACACUGGACAUGGAGACAUCCCCGCACUUUCAUCACAUCCGGUGGUCUUGGUACGAUGGGAUAUGGACUGCCGGCUGCCAUUGGUGCUCAGGUUGCUAAGCCUGACGCCUUGGUUAUCGAUAUUGAUGGGGACGCCUCUUUCAAUAUGACUCUCAUGGAAUUGACCAGCGCUGUUCAAGCUGAAACCCCUGUUAAGAUUAUGAUUUUGAAUAAUGAAGAGCAAGGCAUGGUCACUCAGUGGCAAUCGCUAUUUUACGAGCAUCGUUACUCGCAUACCCAUCAAUUGAACCCAGAUUUUCUCAAGUUGGCCGAAGCUAUGGGCUUGAAGGGUAUGAGACUUGAGAAUCAAAAGGACAUGGAUGCCACUUUGAAGGAAUUCGUUGACCAUGACGGACCUGUCCUCUUGGAAGUGAAAGUGGAAAAGAAGGUGCCUGUACUACCGAUGGUGCCCGGAGGUAAAGGUUUGCACGAAUUUAUUAACUUCGACGCCGAGACCGAAAGAAAACAAAAUGAGCUGCGCCGUCAACGUACUGGCGGUAAGCACUGA